AUGAGUUCAAGGACACCUGAUAAUGGGAGAGAAUCUCCAAGGGGCCCAGAAGGGAUCUGGCAUCCUGCCCACGAAUGGCUGGAAGACGACGAGCUGGAUCCCGACUACCACCCCGCGCUAGAGCCAUCCCAGGACGAUGGCGCAUGGGAGGACGACACACUCAAUGAUCAGCAAAUGAGAUCGGAGGGGGCAAGUGGCUAUAACCACAUCAACCUCGAAAACAUCCAAAUCGAACUUACAGCGGACGAUUCGGAGAGCGAGGACACAGGCAACCUGAAUGAGGGGCGCACUCGUAUACCGGCUUCCCGAUUAUUCGAGUUACUUGCAUCCAGUGGCUUACAACAUAUCCUCCAAGCCAAUGGUUGGCCAAGCGCUAUGGAAGAAGAGCAAGACCAGAUGGAAGAUGAAGAAGAUGAUUUUGUAGGCGAUGACGAUUUCCUGCCCAUGUUCCGAAAUCGCCUCCGAGCCAGACGAUCCGCCGAAACUCUUAAACUGCCACCGGUUCCUAACCCGGAGGGCAAGAAGUUGAUGAGCGAAGGUCAUUUCGGAACUGAUCAAUUUUAUGUCGACCGCCUCAGACAGCGCAAGAAAUCUCUCGCGACAAGCCUAAUGUGGCGAGAACUAGGCAUUGAUACUGAUGGAGUCCAGAAAAGAGCCAACCAGUCUAUUUCUCAGGGCCUCAUUCCAAGUUCGAUUGCGGACAUGAUCAUUCACUAUGACACACGAAGUUAUUCAGGCCAAUUCUCGGAUGAUGGCAAUUUCUUUUUCUGCUGCGCACAAGACUUCAAGGUUCGGAUGUACGACACAUCCAACCCCUACGACUGGAAAUACUACAAAACCGUCGAUUAUCCAUUCGGCCAGUGGACUAUCACAGAUGCGACGUUAAGCCCCGACAACCGUUUCCUUGUCUACAGUUCGAUACGAAGUCAGGCAUAUAUGGCCAGCACAGACCCAGAGGAUGAUUCAGAUCCUACUGUUUUAGACUUUUCUGCUCCACCGGGCCGAAGAAGUAGACGGAGUUGGGGUAGUUCACACUUCGGGAUCUGGUCUCUUCGAUUCUCCGGAGAUGGACGUGAGGUUGUCGCUGGCACAUCAGAAGACUCGGUCAUCGUUUAUGAUCUGGAAACACGACAGCCAGUUCUAAACCUCCGAGAUCGACAUCAACAUCAUGUCAAUGCUGUGUGUUACGGCGACACAUCAUCACCGCAUAUCCUGUAUUCUGGAUCAGACGACACGACAAUUCGGGUUUGGGACCGACGGUCAAUGGGCGAUGGGCGUGAAGCCGGUGCCUUUAUGGGCCAUACCGAGGGUCUAACGUACGUUGACAGCAAAGGCGACGGCCGAUACGUCUUAUCAAACAGCAAAGACCAAACGAUGAAGCUUUGGGAUCUGCGGAAGAUGAUGACCACCGCCGAUAUCGAAAACAUCGACCCUGUCGACUACACAACUGGCUUCGAUUACCGAUUCGAGCAAUAUCCAGACCAGUUCCGCAGAAAUGCCAAGAAUGACUGUUCUGUUGUUACAUAUCGGGGCCACCGAGUCCUCAAAACCUUGAUCCGCUGCCACUUCUCGCCACCGGGAAGCACAAACUCACGCUAUGUUUACAGUGGGAGUGAGGAUGGCAAGGUUUAUGUGUACAACUUGGAUGCCACACUAGCCGGCACCAUUGACGUUGGUCAAGCGACACUCAAUUCGCGGCCGCGUGAUCCAGAUGCCUAUGCUACAGCGUAUGAGAUGAGUGGGGAGAUGCUGUGGAGGACUUGCGUCCGCGAUGCAAGCUGGCACCCAAGUGCGCCAAUGCUAGCAGCAACUUCUUGGAAUGGCUGGGGCUUGUCUACUGGCACUUGUACUGUGCAUUCCUGGAACGCCGGUGCUACUAAAGACGAGGGAGAUCCACCGCUUGGCAAGAGUUAUGAUGACAGACUACGAUAUAUCCCUGAGUUUAACCGAUUUCACGAAAAUGCAGUAAACGCUCGACCCCGACGUCCAUUGCGCAGUCGACCUGUUCGUCGAUGGGCUGAUGAGGAAGCUGAAGAUACGAUAUGGUAG